GAGCGAGCGAGCGAGCGAGAGAGAGCGCAGCGGCCCGCGGGGCUCAUGUGCGGGCGCUGCAGCCGUUGCCCGGCCGUUGCCCCGCCGUGAAGAUGAGCUCGGCCGCCGGCUCCGCCGCCUUACCGCCGGGCUCCGCCACCCGGGCCUUGCAUGUGGAGCUGCCCUCGCAGCAGCGCCGGCUUCGUCAUCUUCGGAAUAUCGCUGCACGUAACAUUAUCAAUAAGAAUGGUUAUCGCCUCUUGGAUACAUACUUCACUCUUCACUUAUGUGAUAACACCAAGAUAUACAAAGAAUUUUAUAAGAGUGAAGUGAUCAAGAAUUCUCUGAAUCCGACAUGGAGGAGUCUGGACUUUGGAAUAAUGCCUGAUCGUCUUGAUACCUCUGUCUCUUGUUUUGUUGUGAGGAUCUGGGGUGGCAAGAAGGAGCACUUUCAGCUUUUGAUUGAAUGGAAGGUCAAUCUAGAUGGGUUAAAGUACUUGGGCCAGCAGAUACAUGCAAGAAACCCAAAUGAGAUUAUUUUUGGUCUCAAUGAUGGUUAUUACGGAGCUUCAUUUGAACAGAAGGAUCACUCAGGUACCCUGAAGAAUAGUCUUCUCCAGGUGGAUCAGAACUGUGUUCGUAACUCUUACGAUGUCUUCUCUUUGCUUAGGCUUCACAGAGCCCAGUGUGCAAUUAAACAGACUCAGGUAACUGUUCAGAAAAUAGGAAGGGAGAUUGAAGAAAAGCUGAGAUGUACAUCUACAAGCAAUGAACUGAAAAAAGAGAGUGAAUGUUUACAGUUGAAGAUCCUGGUGCUACGUAAUGAACUGGAGAGGCAGAAGAAGGCCCUUGGUCAAGAAGUAGCAUUGUUGCAUAAGGAAAAAAGUACUUUGAAUGACAGAGAAAAUGCAUUUGAGACUGAAUACCAGAAACUUCAAGAGCAUAACGAAUCCCUGCAUGAAUUAAGAAAGGAAUGCACUGCUAAGAGAGAACUGUUUUUGAAGACAAAUGCCCAGCAGACUAUUCGAUGCAAGCAAUUGCUAUCGGAGCUAUCCUAUAUCUACCCUAUUGAUCUGAAUGAUCAAAAGGAUUACUUUGUUUGUGGAGUCAAGCUUCCUAAUUCUGAAGACUUUCAAGCAAAAGAUGACGGAAGCAUUGCUGUUGCCCUGGGCUACACUGCUCACUUGGUUUCAAUGAUAUCCUACUUCUUGCAAGUGCCACUCAGGUAUCCUAUAAUUCACAAGGGCUCCCGGUCCACAAUCAAAGAUAAUAUCAAUGACAAACUGACGGAGAAAGAGCGAGAAUUUCCUUUAUAUCCAAAAGGAGGGGAGAAGCUUCAGUUUGAAUAUGGAGUAUAUCUUCUCAACAAAAAUAUAGCACAGCUUAGAUAUCAACAUGGGCUGAGUACUCCAGAUCUAAGGCAAACUCUGCCUAACCUGAAAAACUUCAUGGAGCUUGGACUAAUGGUUAGAUGUGAUCGACACCAUACAUCCAGUGCAAUUCCUGUUCCAAAGAGACAGAGCUCUAGCUUCGGCAGAUUGGAUAUUGGCUUUUCCAGUGGGCUUCCUUCUCCAGAUAAAGGACUCCGAAAACGAGCCAGCACGGGAAAUGAAAGACUACAGUACAAAACUCCUCCUCCUAGUUACAACUCUGCUUUAACACAGCCUGUUGCCAUCACAGCCCAUGUAGAAGAGUUAGAUAAAAAACCUGGAUCGAUAUCUUCUUCCUUGGAUACCUCUAUGGACUCCUCAAAAGGAAAUACCAAGAAAGGCGAGGACAUGUGCAGCAGUUUAAAUGGAGAGAACGGGAGCCUAAACAAUACCCAAGAGCGGCAGGAGUCUUUCCUAGGACAUACUAGUGCAAUAAAUGGGGCGUUUCUGCCUGGUGAGUGCUCUGGCACUGCAAGUAACGAGCAGCCCUGUGAGUUUCGACCCUCGCUCGGCCCUGUCCUUUGCUGCACCGUGGAGCAAGCAGAGGAGAUCAUGGGGAUGGAAGCGACAGGGUUCAGCACGGGGGAUCAGCUAGAAGACUUUAACUCCAUCCCGGUGGAGCAUGCUGUGGCAGUGGAGUGUGAUGAACAAGUCCUAGGGGAGUUUGAGGAGUUCUCUCGAAGGAUCUAUGCACUGAAUGAAAACAUGUCCAGCUUCCGCAGACCGCGUAAAAGUUCGGACAAGUGAGCUUGGACAGGGAUUUGAUAGCAGACAUUGAGGUGAAGUCAGUGAUCUGGAAUAGAGAUAAAAUUGCACUUAUUCUUUAUAUUAAUUAUAAAAAAAAAAAAAGCUAAAGCUAUUCCUAUGGUGUCAGACAAAUGAACUUGAGCACGAUAACACAGGAUCAUGGUAUAUUCACAGCCCAGGUAAAUUUUGAUUCUGCUUCCAGUCCUCUUAUGUCUGGUAUUUGUAAUCUGUUGGAAAUUUUUUUUUUAGGCAUUGGAAUCCAUUUAUAAAGGCUUUCCUGGAAACAACUUCUAGUGCUGAUCAGGCCCUUCUAUGAAUGUUUGUUAAUUUCUUAAUUAUUAUUUAGAGUUAAAUUUAUUUUAAUCUUUUAAGAAGAAAAAAAAGUUAAUUUAAAAAUACCAUAAAUUACCAUUUAUGGUAAGACCUCUUUACCUUCUCCCAUAUGUACUCCUGUGGUUUUUUUGAGCAACAUAGUCAGUGUUACAGGAAUACCAUGAAUUUGUUAUAAUUGGACAGCUUUCUCUUGGCUGUGCUCUGUAGCCUUUGAAGUUCUAGUUUGCACUGAUGGGUCUUCAGUUGGUGGUGUAAACUUGCCAGAGAAUGAGCACCCGUGUGAUAUCUGCAGUUUCCUUGCACCUGAUUAAUCAGAAAUGACUUUUCCUCCCCCUCCUUUCCUCCAUCCUUGCUGUUCCUACCAGUAGAAGCCUUGAGGAGUAAAUCGCCUCUAAGGUUUUGUAUGAAAAUCUCAGCCUGACCAUUCCCCACUUCAGCUGGGCACAGACCUCAUCAGUAGAGACCUAACGAAUGCGCUUCCUAAGUGGGGUUCAGCUGCCACCCUCCGAGGUGUCUAACAGGGACAGCGUGCUGUGAGGCACUUCACAGACGUCUUCGUAAAAACCCAGACUGAAAAAUGCAGUCAGCACUUUGGAAUUAGGCGAAUUUGUGGAAUCGCUCCACCCUCUAGAAAGGAGGCACUUAACAUUAUUCAUCUAAAUUAAUAUCUUUUUAACCAUCUGUGCUUUAAAGGAAGAAACUUCCAGCGGUUCACUGGAGGUGUGGUUUGCUGUUAGGUAGGUUACCACUGGCACAUGUGUUCAGCUGCACUAAUGGGAAAGCAAUUUGCAGCCUGCUUUGUGAUUCCUGGUAUUUGUUUCAGUUUGGAUUUCAUUGCUCUUGCUUUCUAUUAUUGUAUACCCAAGAAUUUGGGCUCGGUUGUGAGCUCUCAAAUAUAAAAAUAUAUAGCAGAAUAAAAAACACUUCAUCAUGCCUGGCUUUUUUUCCUCCCUGGUCUAUGCUUUCUUUUGAACCAAUGGCCUAGUCUUUUUCCUAACUUCACCGUGAGGCUAGCCUAAGUUAACUUUUUAAAAUGUGGAUAUGUAUAAUCUCAGCUAUUUGUUGUCAGAACAAGACGUGUAUGUGAGAACCAAUAUACAUAAUAGCACUCUUCUAGAAUAUGCAUUUUUCCAGGUAACACCUUAAUGAUUGUAUUAAAAUUAUAUUCACAUUUCUUCUGUUAGCUUUUAAUGGUUGUGUCUGCAAUUGAGUUGUUGGAUCGAGCCUUUCUACAGCGAUUCAUUAUCUUUGGUCUGUCCCAGUAUGAUGUGCUAGAUGAAAGCACUCGGAAGCAGAGACCUCGAUUCUGUACGACAUUGAACGUGAUGCCAGGUGCAAACUUGGGCAUGAAGUUGGACACGUUCAUGAGUAUCUUCUUCCCUGAAUAAGCUCCUCUGUUCCAACCUCAUGAAAAGCUUCCCUAAAGCCAAAUGCUGCAGCAGCUUAAAGCACUGCCAUCAUCUUUGAGAAGAGAUAGGUAGGAAAUUCUCACUGUCUUUGGCAUCCUGAAGCCCUUGUUAAUGAAGUGGGCAUAAGGUACUCUGUCCUGUGACGAUAUCUUACCGUCUUCUGAUAGCAUUGUAAUUUUAGGUAAAAUCAGGGAAUGUUGAGUCAGUCGUGUACCCUGCGGGAUGGGAUCUGGCACGCUCAAAGCAGCACAGACCUUCUGUUUGUAGACACGCUCAUUUUCUUCUAUAACGGAAAGGCAUUAGCUUGCGUGUGGUGGUGACUUUUCAAAAGCAACCCAAAGAGUAGUUGUGAAGUCGCUAUGUUUCGUAGGCAAACACGGAGUGUCUCAGUGCAAUUAAGCGACAUCUGAAAUUAGGUUCGUAGAGCAUCAGCAGGACUUUGGAUGGGUUUUUUUUUCAUUAGUUGCGCACUUUCUCAGGUUGCACCCAACCAAAUGAAGUCUAGUUUUCCUCCCUGAUGUUGUGUUGCUGUUCCUGUUUGAGCCCUGUAAUUGUUAAUGUGUCAAACACGAUGGUUGAUUUCUGCAUCUGUCGCACAAAGCUUCUUUCACGGGCUUUCUAUGGAUGUAUCUUUAGUAGGCCUUAAAUUGUCCCCAUGUUUCUCUUCCACUUUCAUCGCCUUCUAUGUAGAAGGUGGUGUGAAGGGUGACAGCAUCGCAGGGCUAAUUAAAGCAUUGACAAACUUCUCGUUGGUGUGAGGAUGGGGGAUUGUACAGACUGCAGUCACCUCAUAGCUUGCUUUUUUGUGUUUAUUUUUCCCCCCCUGUAAAUUACUUUGAAAACAGCAUAGUGGGAGAGAAACAAAUAGUAGGUUUGAAGGUGAGAUGAUAUAUCACAGUGUGCUUUAAACUGUCAAGAGCCUUUCAGUUCCUGCACAGCUGUGACACUGUUAAAUGUCUGCAAAUGUCUUCAAGUGGAGAAAACAUUUCAUUGCAAUCUUUUCCCCUCACUAGGAAUUCCUAAGAUUUUUGAGAAUAUUAGUUUUGGAAGAUCAUAUCCCACUAUAUUUUUAUAGCAAGCACAACAGCAUUGGCUUAUCCUUGCUUGACCAGGUAUUUAAAAUAAGCAAACCCAGAAUAUCCCAUAGUAAAUGACACAUUAAAACUAUGUUGGUAAUUGCGGGAAAGCUCACCUGUAUUUAUAAAAUAAAACUGAUUAGUAUCUCUCAA